GCAGCCUAAUCCGCGGAGCGAGGAUGCAUAGCAGCGCCGUUAUGUGUCGAAUCAAGUCAGCUCAGUACUUACUUAGGCUGUGACUGACAAAAACCCUGAUAUACUUCGCUCAUUCAGCCCUUAAAGCUCACUUUUUCAGCAGAAGCCGUCGGGUUGAUCGCUACAGUUUUCCUCCAGACCGGGACUCCGCAGACGUUACGUCGGGACAAUGGAAUCUAACGUUAUCCCGGACAGUGUCCGCCAUCAGAGGCUGCAGCCGGGGAUCGGAUUCGGUUCGGGAGCGACCGGGACCCUCCGCUCCUCUCUCCGGCCCGGGGUUACUGUCCCCAUCGCGCCGUUGCUGUCCUCUCCGGCCUCUCUGGCAGCUUCGUCCGGGCCUCCUCCUCCGCCGCCCCCGCUGCAGCUCCACAGCCUCUACGGCGGAGUAGGAGCGGGGCUGGGGCCGGUGGCUGGCGGUCACUGUAACCCGGGGAACCCGGCAGUACUGAAGGAGGCGGUGGAGGCUGUGGUCCGCAGCUUCGCCAAACACACGCAGGGUUACGGCAGAGUGAACGUGGUGGAAGCUUUGCAGGAGUUUUGGCAGAUGAAGCUGACCAGAGGAGCCGACCUGCGGAACGGAGCCCUCGUUGUUUAUGAAAUGGUUCCAUCCAACAGCCCUCCAUAUGUUUGCUAUGUUAGCCUUCCAGGCGGCAGCUGCUUCGGAAGUUUCCAGUUCUGUCCCACGAAGGCAGAGGCAAGACGCAGCGCUGCCAAGAUCGCCCUGAUGAACUCUGUUUUUAACGAACAUCCCUCGCGUCGAAUUACAGACGACUUCAUUGAGAAGAGCGUGAAUGAGGCGCUGGCCUCCUUCAAUGGAAACAGAGAAGAGGCUGACAAUCCCACCACAGGGAUUGGGGCGUUUCGCUUCAUGCUUGAGUCCAACAAAGGAAAGUCCAUGCUGGAGUUUCAGGAGCUGAUGACUGUGUUCCAGCUGCUGCACUGGAAUGGAAGCCUCAAAGCCAUGAGAGAACGGCAGUGUUCCCGACAGGAGGUGCUGGCUCACUACUCCCAUCGGGCUCUGGAUGACGACAUGCGCACUCAGAUGGCCGCUGACUGGGUGAACCGAGAACAGAGCAUAGCGGGCACCAUCGCGCAGGAGCUGGCCACAACAGAGCGAGAACUAGAGGACGCCAGGCUGGCGGGAAGAGAACUGCGUUUUUACAAAGAGAAGAAGGACAUCCUGAUGUUAGCUGUGGGUCAGCUCAGUGCAGCCAACACCGCCACACUGCCCUCGCACUAAACCUGUCGUCCAAUGUGGAAACAUGCCUUCACGCUCCGUAGGAUUCCUGGUAACAGUAUUGAUAUCUUCACAGAUGACUUCUCAGAACUUUAAGGUUUUGUUUUGUUUUGAGGACCAGCUAAUCAAGCCUUGACUUACAGUAUGCACAUCUUGUCCAUAAAACAAAUACUACCCGCUAUAGCCGUUACCUCUUUGUGCCUAGUAAAUACAGCAUAGCAGUGCUUUUUUUUUCUAGAUGCCUGUAAAAGUGCUCGGCAUUCUACCUGACUGGGAUUUACAUGUUUGUUUGUUUGUUUUUUCAUUACUUCAUACUGUACUUACUCAAAGUAAACCUACGGAGACAAAGCCUUCUAUGAUUCAGUGAAUGUACGGGGCAUAAAAUGACCCACCAGACCAAACGCUCCUGAGGCAUGGUUCACGUGUUGCUUUUCGGCUUUGGUUCAUUUUGCUUGCUUAUAGUACUUGGGAUGAUAAGAUGCCAGAUAAGUCACCCCAUUCAGCAAAAAAAAAAAAAUCACCAGUGAAGGGGAUUAAAGAUCUCACCUAAUAUCACCGGUUUUAUGUAGUGGGUGUACAACCUUGUGCUGCAGGUCCUUAAAUAUUACUAGAAUUCCAGUAAGCACAGAAACACACUUAUUGGCUCAUGUUAUAGUAAUUUGUGUGUUCUUUGCAGAAAAACAAAAGGAAAAUGUCAGGUAAUUGACAUUUUUGACAGCUCUGACUGAAGCUCAGGUUUUAAAGAAAAAUCAAAUAUUAAACCACCCUAGUCUGUUUUACUUUUGUUUUUGUUUGUUUGCAAAGACUUUUGGCUUUUUUUAAGCUUCAUUGUUUGCUUGGUUACGAUGACACUAGCCGAAUGUAUAUUUUUAAUGCGCUAGCAAAUAAAGGGCCUGCAAAGCAACACAACUUAAACUACAAAAUUGCUCUUGUGAUGCAGAUUGUGUUUGUCAGCUAGAGGAGUUCAAAAAGGUCAGUGGUUGUUAGGACUUAAAUGUAGGUCUCAGCAGUUACAAUAUGGAGGCCAGAAAAUGAGUUUGGCUUUUUUUUUUUUUUUUUUAAAGCUGAACCAUCGGUUUUGAGUCAUUGCAGUUAAAACAGUGCCAGCUUCUGUGGUCUAAGUCUUCUUUUUUUUGAGAUACUGGAAGCAGAAAUUGGGUUUUGGCAGUGUUGUUAUGUCUACAUGCCAAAAAAAAAGUAAUAUAACAGGCAUUUAUUACCUUUUUUUACUGUAAAUGUCAUAACUUUAUAUUUGUCCGUCUUUAUAAAAUGCAUUUUUAUACAUUGUAGGGAUAAAGGCGUUUUAACAAGCAGCAUUAAAAAGACCCCGCGUAACCAGAGUUUUAAUUGAUGUGAUAUGGCUCUUUUGGAGGUAAUGAAAGUCAAACAGCAGGAGGGCUCGUUCUCAUUGCUGAAUGCUGGAUUGUUAGCAGCAGAAACUGAUUACACAGAAUAUAAAGAGAUGACGAAUAAAGAAAAAAGUGCAGGAAGAGCUUUAUUAUUCAGUUGCUAUAACUCUUCUCUCGAGUCAUUGUGCCUUUAUGAAAAUUGGUAGCUGGCAAUGUUUGGACGGUUGUCUUUACACGUGCAGCUAAUUUCUUACUGUUACAGCAUUUUAAAGGAAUAGUUCAACAUUUGGGGGGAAUUUGAUUGGAGAAUUAGAUUGACGUAUGCAUGGCGGUCUGGUAAAUAUGAAGCUAAACGCAGCAGUCUCAGCUUAGAGUAGCAUAAAGACUGAAAACAGAUGGAAACAAGUUCCCACAGUCAGCCCGAAAGUAACAAAAUCUGCCAAACUAAUUGACAGACUAUGUCUUUUUUGUAUAAUGCAUAUGGAAACAGAAGUGUAAAAGUGACAUUUCACAGUUGUGUAGAGGAUUAUGUGCUAUUUCUUGAUCUGAAUCACAGACUGUAUAUGAAAGAUGGCCGAAGCUUCUCUGUCUAAAAAGUCAAGCCAGUGAAGAAGUGCCUUCCAUCUACAUUCUCUCUAAUUGUCAGCACGGGCGAGUCCUCUGGCUGCAAAGAGAAGUAAAGAAAUGACUGACCUCAGUGAUUACUUUCCUUAUGUGUUUAUGGUCUCAUUUGCUAGUUUCAAGUCCUUUUUAAUGUACAGCAUGAAGUCUGCUCAUAAAUUAUGAUCUCAUGUUGACUAUGAUACAAGAUGAAACAGGGUGUGCCCUCCUCCUGUUGUGGAGGGCCGCACCAUUAAGCUGAACUCAAAUCUGCUCAAUAUUAAUCUUAUCUCUUUAUAAGCUUUGUGGGUGUGGCCCUCCACAAAAGUCCCAGUUUCUCAUGUGGCCCCCGUGGGAGAAUUCAUUGCCCAGCCCUACUUUAGAGUGUCACUACUUUGUUACUGAUGAGUCAUUACUAUAUAUGUGUCCCUCAGUUUCUCAGUGAGAUACACCACUUGUUUGUCAUGUCUGGUAUCAAGAAGGUCCAAAAUGCCAAACAUGAGGCUUCCAAACCAAUGGGUGAUGACACGGUGGCUACAUCCAUCUUUUAUAUACAGUCUGAGCUGGUUAAUACUUUCAGUAUCUGCAGAGUGGUUUCAGCCUUUUUGUUCAUGUCAAAUUAUGAAAGAAUUCCCUUUAAUUUGUUACAUGCCGUUAGAUUACGAAGGAUGUAUUUAAUAUUACUACCUUUGGUAUAAAUUUAUAAACAUUAUAUAAUGUUUUUGUUUUUUUGUUUUUUUGGUGCUCACCUUGCAAAAUAUGUGCUUAGCACAAGUAUGAAAAUAUUUGUUCGGAAAAGACCUUGCGGUUCUCUUCAGUAAAUAAUACAAAGUUAAAAUUGAUUGAAAACUUCAACCUAAUAUAUCGACGUUAAGAUCUUUUCUUUUUAAAAUGUUUUCAGCAAAUUUUACACUUGGAACUAAACAGCCUCCCAGGAUUUCAUCUGCAGAAAUGCUGAGUGAUUUUAUCGUCCCAUUAAUAAAUUAAGAAACGUAAAUGUGAUUAAUGAGGAGAACUCGACCAGUGUUUAAAUGCCCUGCUUAACAGGAAAGAGGCUGAUCUUGAAUCGUGUGUUUCUUCUAAUUUAGAUGCUCAGCCUUUUUGAUUGUUUGUUUGUUUGUUUUAGCCAUAAGCCGUUAAUCUCAGAGCUCCUAUUGUAAAAAUGCCUUUGACCUUUCUUUGUUAUCAUUAUAAAUGAAGUUUUUUUUUUUUUUUUAAGCAGGAUAUUCCUUUGCUAUCCAUUUACUAAAGAACACUUUUGGCUUUUCAUGUUUUUUGGCUUUGAUACACGAUGUGUUGAUUAAGUUCUGUUUUAUAUGUUUCAUAUUCUAUACAGUAUUGUUUUAUAAGAGUGUUUCUCGAGGUCCUUACUGUUUGUAUUUUCUAUGAGCAUUUUGUAUUCCAUGUUUAUACUUUUAGUAGAUUUAUAUGUAUAUGUAAUAAAUUUGCUGUUACAAAUGUUA